AUGGAUUCUCUAUUUUCCUCAGUAUUUGGAAAUCAAAUUUUGAAUCAAAUAAUAUUUGAACAUGUUCCAAUUAUAAACAAAAAAGUUAAUAUCCCAGGUGCAGAGCAACGUUAUCAUUCUUAUAGUUGGAAACAAUUGAAUGAAGUUCCUACUUUGUUAUCAAAGCUUGGUUAUGUAGAUCAAUUGCGAUCGCUUUUUGCAAGAAAAGAAAUUGACAGAUUUGUUGUUCAAGCAUGCAUGAAGCUUGCCAUUGAAAAAGGACAUUUCAACACACUCAAGUAUCUCUUUGAGGAAGCCAAUGUUCCCGAUGCAUUCAGUCCCGAAGUAUUCUACCAUGCCAUCAAGUUUAGUCAGUUGGAGAUUGUCAAGUAUUUCGAGAGCAAAAGUGGAUUGGACUGGGACAAUGAAGAGGCCAUGUUAUUAGCACCCCUCACCAACAGUUUGGAAUUCCUCAUUGAACGAUCAAAGAAAUUCGAGAGUGAACACAAAGUAAAAUUGCGCCAGCCACAUACUCUUUCCAGAUUGUUUGAUAACGCUGCCGCUGUUGGAAGUAUUGAAAUGAUCGAAUGGGCUGCCUUGAAUAGACCAAGUUACAGAACCAAUAACUACAUGUAUCAUUGUGCUGCCCGUGAAAACCAUAUCCAUGUUCUUAAGUAUCUUAAGAGAUUGUCAAAUCCAUUGGAUGUUCCAGAGGCAAGCAGCCUUAUGAAUCUCUAUUCUGCCGCUGCCGGAAAUGGAAGUCUGGAUGCACUCAAGUGGCUUAAAGAAAAUAAUAUUGGAAAUUCAAAUCAAAAUGCUAUGAAUGUUGCCGCCGCCAAUGGACACUUUGACGCUGUUCUUUGGCUGCAUGAGAACCGUACUGAAGGAUGUAAUUUCGAGGCAGUCGAAAUGUCAUUAAGAAAUAAACAUUACAAUAUCUUCAAAUGGUUGUAUUGCAACUACCCAAACGAACGUCACAGUGAAUCGGUGUCAAUGAUGGCAAAAAAAGGAAAUUUGGCAAUGUUAAAAUGGCUACACGAACAAAAUGAUCAAGAUUUCAAUGGUAGUUUAUUGAACGAUUCUCUUAAGAAUGGAAAUCUCAAAGUUGCCAAAUGGUUAUUCGAGAAUCGUACUGAACAAUGGGAGACAGUACAAAUCUAUCAUGUGGAAACAAAAGGUGGAGUUGAAAUUCUUGAAUGGUUGCAUGAAAAACGAAUUCCAUUCAAUGUGUCUCAAGACUCUCUCCAUAACGCAUCAAGAUUCGGACAACUCGAAGUUUUGAAAUGGUUACAGGAGAAUAGAGGUACAGAUCUCGGUCAAAAUUCGAUACCCGGUUUUAACUUUGGUCAAGAUCCGAAUACCGCUAUGGAUCUAGCGGCCGAAAGUGGAUUCGUAGAUAUUUUAAAGUGGUUGAAGGAAAAUAGAAGUGCACAAUGCAGUGUGAAUGCGAUGAACAAGGCUGCCGGAAAUGGUAAAAUUGAAGCCCUCCAAUGGCUACACGAGAAUACCACUGCAGGAUGUACUGGGGUCGCAUACGUUGAAGCUGCUCGUGGUGGACAUCUCAACGCUAUCCAAUGGCUGCAUACUCAUAGAACUGAGAAAGGUGCUCCUUCCACAAUCGAUUUGGCUGCCCAGAGAGGAUAUCUCGAUAUCAUCAAGUACCUCCAUGAAAACAGAAACGACGGUUGUUCAAAGGCUGCUAUGGAUAACGCCGCUGGAAGUCAAAGAUUGGAUAUUCUGAAAUGGUUGCAUGCCAACAGAACCGAAGGAUUCUCAGAGGCUGCAUUGUACAAAGCAAUCUCUUCAUGUAACCUUGAGAUAAUCACUUGGUUAUUUGACAACAACAAGGAGAAUCUCAUUACCGAUCUUAGUUGUCUGUCUCGUUUCCCAACUCCAAAGAAUUUGCAAGUGAUUAGUUUCCUUAGAAACCGUGGAUACGAUGUGUUGGCGGCGUUGAUAAAGCAGAGAUCUUAUGAAUUGUUCAUGGUCGUAUUUGAAGAUAGUGACAUUUCACAUGUUCCCAAUUUAAUCAAUGUUGCACUUGAAAAUAAUCCAACUGAUUCCUUUAUUGAAUGGUUAAAUUCAAAGGGUGUCGAGAUCACCGAGGAAGCUCUAGACAUUGCUGCCAAAAAGAAAAACAAAGCACAGUUCGAAUUGUUGUUGAACAAAAUGACUCAAUUGGAUCCAGCAGUUAAAAGAAGACGUCUCGAACAAUUGGAAUCAAUUCAAACUACCCAAUCAGGUUUUGGAUCAUCUACAUUCAGUUUCGGUAAUGGAGGUGGAGGUUUCUCUGCUUCAUCUGGUGGCGGUUUCUCUGCUUCAUCUGGUGGUGGUUUCUCUGCUUCAUCUGGUGGUGGUUUCUCUGCCUCGUCUGGAGGAUCUAUAAAUUAUCAAUCAUUUUUUAAUAAUCCAAAUUAA